AUGAUCAAGGUCCGCGAUGCCGAACGAGCCGUGACAUGCAGGCAUCUCGUCAACUACCUCAAGCGCAACCACAAGGAUUGGCUCGACGAAUACCUCGCUGUCAAGCCGUAUGGCUACAAGUCGCUCCUUAAGCUGCUUCAACGCUUCUGCGCUCGUCAUGGCUUUUCCCGCCAGAAACCCGCCAAGGCGAAACGAAACCAAGCUGAACUGUACUUGACCCGCUCAACCUUUGCACGGGAAUUUCACAAGGCUUUCGAUGGGUUCAGUCCGGACGUCAUCAUCAACGUCGACGAGACUGCUAUGACCCUCACGUGA